AUGUGCGAGACCAGCCAACAAUCAACAACACCAGUCAGGGAAAGCGACUGCCGACAACUGUUACCUACGAGAUCCGCUUGGCAGUACGGUAGUUCGAUUGGUGCGCUGACCGCAUCGUGCGCGUCAAUAUUCCCGAGAUUAACCUCGCUGAUAGCCGUUAUCUUCUCCUUUCUCGGGCUAUGCGCUAAGGUAAUGGACUUCUCAGCAAUCGAUGAGAUUAUCGAGCGGGCACGAAAGAGCGAUGACUACAAAACGACGGAUUCGCUCUAUAAGGAGGCAAUCUCCGAGAUAGAAUCUGUCAGUAUGAACUUGAGUGCUACAGAGAAGAAGCAGCUGCGCCAUGUAAUAACACUGUUACGUAAGGAAAGGAAAGCAAAGGCAAGGGAAGCCGAUGCUGUCAAAGAGUUGUACGCGGCUAUGCAAUCACUCGAAAGUCCCAUUGAUGCGCCUCCGGCGGACCCCGAUGUAUGGCCUGCUCCGCCUCCUAAGAAAACUUCAGCACCAAGUGCGAGAACCAAGACAACACCGAAUAGGAGUCGAAAUAUUGACGGAAAUGAACGAAACGAAACGAUUACAGUGAAGAAACCUGUGAAGAAGUCAAGUAGCCAAAACGCAUUAUCAGAGAAAAGGCCGAAACAUGGCGCUGCCGCAAGUACUUCAACAGUUUCUGAACCGCCUGAUACCGCAGCUGCAGUAGCUGCUGCUGCGGCUGCUGCUGGAGCAGGCUCUGCCGACGAGAAAAAAGACGAAUUUGUUCCCCGCGGUUACUGUCCGGAUUUGGUGGAAGCUAUAGAACAAACAAUGACACGCAAUGGUACGGAAGUUACCUGGGACGAUAUUGCUGGCCUGGAAGGCCCAAAAGAGCUUUUCAAACAAACUAUCGUUUUGCCUGCUCUCGUGCCAAACUUCUUCAAGGGAAUUCGACGUCCUUGGAGGGGAGUCUGCAUGGUUGGCCCACCAGGUACCGGCAAAACUCUACUGGCUAAAGCAGUGGCUACUGAAUGCCAAACAACAUUCUUUGCCGUGAACUGCGGAGAUCUCGCUAGUAAAUGGCGUGGGGAUUCCGAGAAAAUGAUCAAGCUUCUGUUUGAAAUGGCUCGUCAUUUUGCGCCUUCAACUAUAUUCAUUGACGAAAUUGACACGAUUGGCAGCCAGCGAGGACAAGCAAAUGAACAUGAAGCCAGCAGACGGGUGAAGUCACAGCUUCUUGUUGAAAUGGAUGGGUUUGCUAAAGAGGAAGACGGCAAGCGAGUGCUUGUAUUAGCUGCUACAAAUUUUCCCUGGAUGUUAGACGAAGCUUUGCGCCGCAGAUUCGAGCAAAGAAUUUAUAUACCACUUCCCGAUCACCCAGCACGGUUGUCGUUGUUGCGCUCUUCUUUGAAGGAGGUCCGUUUAGCUGAUGACGUGAAUCUUGAGACUUUUGCUGACCAGCUUGAUGGCUUCUCUGGCGCUGAUAUUACGAAUGUCUGCCGAAAAGCUGCACUUAUGGGCGUGAAAAGGCUUACUCGCUCAUUGACACCGGCCGAGAUAGGGAAACUUACUGCAGAAGAGCUUGAUCUUCCUGUUACUUGGCAGGACCUGCAGGAGGCUCUGGGAGACACGAAUCCCUCCGUUUCUGAGGAGAAUAUCCGACAGUACAUUGAAUGGAUGGAGAAGUAUGGGUCGACUUAAUAAACUGUCAGUGAUCACUUGUAAAAUUAUCGCCAAAGACAUUUUAUAGAAUCUUAUUCCAAUCUUUUGUCCUUUGCAAUAUGUGACACUUAUUUCCGUACUAACCAUUCCUCUAAUGUGAUUUAGGCUUAAUAAAGAUACCGACUUCGGUUCUGCAACGGGUGACUAGGACUUAUGCCAUCCGUGUUUCAUUUUCGUGUACGAUUCUCCUCUAUCUCUUUUUUUUCUCAAAUCAGCUUUGUAUUUGUUGCAUAUGAAUCGAGCUUGUUCUAAUGAAGAGUGGUGUUAAAUAGCUGUUAUCACCAAAGUGUUGUGAUCAUCAUUGUGCAUUCGUCAUUUCAUUUUCCAAUAAAAGAUGGAAUUUAUUAA